AAUUGAGGCAGAAAAUUUCUACGCGUGCACGAACAAGUACCACUUUAGCAUAGUUCGUAAUGUGUAAUUGGAUGGAAGGAGGCUCAGAAUAAAGAGAGGCUAUGGCUACUGCUUUGAUCAUAUUGAUUUCAGUGAUCAAAUAAGUUUAGAUUAUAACAAAAUGGAUGUUGCUGGAGACUUAACACUACAGUGGGUGGAGGAGGUGGGAAAUGUUAUUCACGAAGAGGUAAUAUGUGGUUUAGAAGCACAACUUGUUGGAGCAGAAGAGGAAGUGAUAGGAGCUUGCGAAGAAGUUACAAUAGAAGAAACAGUAGAGUCAGUUCCCAAUGUUACUUCUACGACAGGGCCAGAAAUAUUAAUGGUACCACAAUCCAACGACAUGGAAUCUAUUUACAUAGUUCCACAAGAUCAAGGUCAUGAUUAUUUAAACAUACAGGUUACAGAAGAAGUAAUUGCAGAUAAUUGGGAUAGAUCUGGUCCAGAAGAUGGAGUUGAGAUAUCAGAAGUAAAAGUAUCUCAUGAAAAUUUAUUGGAAUAUGAUGAUAUGGAGAUACCAUUGCCAAUUGAUCAAGAUUCAUAUACAAAUAGCAGACCUUAUCCAUGUGAUUUCUGUAGCAGGAGGUUUAGAAAGAAAGCAAACUUAAUGAAUCAUAUGGUAACACAUCAAACAGAUCGACCUCAUGGUUGUAAUUUAUGUGGAGCACGUUAUGCAAGAAAAUGUGAUCUUAUGAAUCAUUUAAAGAUUCAUGCUUAUGCACCACCACGAGAUGGUUUAGAGGAUGAUUUAAACGAUGAUGAUUCAUUGGCACCAGAAGAAGAGGAAUCUACUAAAGGUAGACGUAAAAAGGUACAAUCAAGCGUACCAAGAAAACGCAAAAACAAUUCUAUUUCAAAACGCAAUAUGGAAGAUAAUAAAAUGGAAAUGGGCAAGUACGUCAGUAAAUCUUAUGAUUAUGUUGAUGAAGAUAUGCGCCUUUUGGAGGAAAUGACUAGUAGAAAUUCUGCGCGCAGUAGUAACUAUGCUUCAAGCUCAAGAUGGACUGAACAGAUGUCACCUGUAUCAAACGAAGUUCAAACACCACGGUGGCCUAUAACUGAUCCAACAAAACCAUAUGUGUGUCAGUAUUGUGGUGUUGGUUUUGCAAGGGAAAAAGCACUUGCUUCUCAUGCACGCAUACAUGGUGGUGAUAGUCCAUUUGAAUGUACAUCUUGUGGUGAUAUGUUUUGGGAUGUUAAUAGUUUAAGGGAACAUGUUCGUAUCAAACAUGGUGGUACAGUACAAUCUGAUACAGAGGAAUAUGAUAAUGAUGCCACAUAUACAGGAGAUGAAAGAUUUGGGGAAUUCUAUUGUAAUACUUGUGGUGUUCCUUUUCAUCGUUUGGAUUUACUUAAACGCCAUCAAAAGAUUCAUGUCAAACAGGAGGCUGCUGAUAUGAUGGAAGGUCCAAGUCGACUUCAUGUUUGUAAUGUUUGUGGUGAAUGGUUUGAAGAAGCUUUGGCAUUGUUAGCACAUGCUGAACUUCAUGCUAGAUCACCCGGUCAUCGAUGUUUACUGUGUGGGGAAAGAUGUCGUGAUGAUGCUGAAGUUGCUGAACAUGUUCGACAAAAUCAUGCUCAAGAUGCUCCACCAAAUACAUGUACUCUUUGUGGAAAAACGUGUAAAGAUAAACGCAGUUUAUUAAAACAUUCAUGGGUUCAUAAUGUCGAUAAAACUUUUGGAUGUACAAAAUGUGGGAAACGUUUUCAUAGCAAAGCUAGAUUACGAAGACAUAUGGUAUCACAUCGCAAUAAGAUGGUAGCUUGUGAUGAGUGUGGAGAAGAGUUCCCUGACGGUAGAGCUUUGGUUAGCCACCGUCAUUCACAUAAUAAAGAUCUAGGUGGUCGUUCUUUCCCAUGCCGAGAAUGUGGAAAAACAUUUGGUAGUCGUAGUUCACAACAAAUUCAUAUUCGUAUUCACACUGGAGAAAGACCAUAUGGUUGUAGAUUUUGUUGGAAAGCAUUUGCUGAUGGCGGAACUUUAAGAAAACAUGAACGUAUCCAUACAGGAGAAAAGCCAUAUGGAUGCGCAAUUUGUCCACGUGCUUUUAAUCAAAGAGUUGUUCUUAGAGAACACGUUCGUGCUCAUCAUUCAGGUCCCGAUCCAAAAUGUGUAGGUAGUAUUACACCAUACUUAUGUAAAGUAUGUGGUGAUGCAUAUGGAACAUCGGAAGAAAUAGUUGCUCAUAUUGUGCAACAUUGUGAUGAUAAUACCGCAUUAAGACGUCAGCCACAAACUGGACCACGUAAAUAUAAAAGAAGACGUAAAUUAAAAACACAUGAAACCAACACGAUGUUGCGUAUGACUGAGCAGUAUGAUAUGGAAGGAGGUUCUGAUUCAGAUGAUAAUACAAAAAGAAAGCUUGGAAGAAAAAAUAAGCAACAUCGAUCGAACGUUGAAGAAGGUUAUCAGAAUGUUCUUAAAAGUUUUGAAAACUCUUUACAAAAUAUAAAUUCAAUCGUCAGCAAUUCAAAGUUAAAUCCUGGAAAAUCGAAGCUUUCUAAGAAGAAGCUUAGGAAAGAAGAAAAAAAAAGUGAAGCUGAAGCUUCAUGUCAACCUGGUAGACCAAAAAUGAUUCAUACCCAAAAAACAAGAGUGCCUGUAGAAAUUGGUGGUGAUGGAGUUAAAAAAGGACAGAAAACUAAAACAAUGGUAACAAGGACACCUAAAAUGAUGCCACAAGAGCAUAAGUUAGGUGUUUUCCCGGGCGGGGAAAGGAACAGACCAAGAACAAAAAACGUUAGUUAUCACAUUGAAGGGAAACUUCAACCAACACCUGCAACAUUCCCAAAACAAAAGGAAGAAACUUUAUUACCUCCAACACCAAUACAUCAUCAAUCGCCAUUAACCAAUAUAAAAAUAGAACCAAACUUACAAAAAACGUCAAAUAAUAAUCACAGAAAUAAUAAUGGCAAUAUUCUUGCUAUUAAUAAUGAAAAAAUGGAGUCAACACCUAGAAAAAAAUCAGGUGUCUUGAGAAAAAUUAAAAAACAGAAAGAUGUAAUUAAGCAAGAACCAAUAGAUAUUGACCAUGAGGAAAUACAAAAUAAUAAUAAUACAGAAAAUACGGAUUCAGACAGAUUAAUGGAUCAUUCAGUGGAUGGAAGUAAUUUAGAAGUCGCAUUCGAGGCAAGUGUUACUACCGAGGAAGAAAAUAUACUUCCUGAUGUAGGUGAAGCAAAUAAUACCGAAGAUGUGGGUACUGGAAAUGUAAAACUUAGUGUAAAAGUUGAGUCAACACCUCAAAGAAUGUUGGCUGUUCAUAGCGUUAUAGCCCCUGUGGAUGAUAUUCCAGAAACUAUAAUACCAGAUGCUGUAGAAUAUACAUGCGAAAUGUGUUCUGCAGUAUUUUCCAGCCGAGCAGAAUUAUUGGUCCAUGUUCCAAUACACAUUUGAUUUAAUUUGUUCAAUGAAGUUAAUGAGGUAUGCAAAAUUUGUUCAAUUUUAAAAAUAUUUGAUUAAUUAAGCAAUAUUUUAACAAUGAUCAAUGAAAGUUUAUAUGUUUAUUUCAAUUGACAUUAUGUUAUUAUGCCAAAAUGUCCUCUACUCGUUGCUCUAUGAAGUGCACCAGAUGUUUGUGUUUAACAUAUAUUUUAAAAGUUGAUGCUGUCUUUAGUUUAUUACGUCAUUCUAUGUAUGGUAUGCAGAAACUUUCAAACAUAAUCGUUUUCAAUUAACAUUAUUAUUAUAUCCUUUUUAUACUAUUCGUGUUUCUCUUUAACAAAGCUGUUUGGCUCAAAAUUCAUAUUGAAUCAUGAUACAAUGAGUAAUGUUAUAAAUAUUUUAUAUGUUUACAAUUUACAAAGUCACCUACCCCUGUCAAAGGAUUGAAAUCUUAGACCAUUCUUUUACAAUCCACAAUUUUAUAAUGAAAUUUAACAAAAAAUGAAAUAAUGGCACGCUGUGUACAUAAAAUAUUAAAAUAUUCUAAAUAUUAAUGCGAGUGUAUUUUAUAAUAUAUAUUAUUCGUUUAUAUGAAUUAAAUCUACUCCGUACUUUGCUUUUAGCUCCUAAGUAAUUGGAUACAUGACAGCCAAUGCAUUGAAGUAUUAUGAUAAACAAUUUGUAUGCAAUAUUACCAUCUGAACCCAGAUUGUUUUUCGUUAAUUUUUUACUUAUAACAAUAAGUAGAAAUCAACAUAGCAUAAUUGGAAAAUUAGCUAUUAACUAUUUGAUUCAUAUUUGAAGAAAAAAGAGAUUAUACUUAUAAAUUUGUCUUGAAUUAAAUACCUGUAACAUUGUAACAUGUAAUAAUAUACAUACUUUUCACAAGUUGCAAUGGAAACAUAUUUGUACAAAUUAAUUUUCAUAUUUUGGAGCAUUUUGUGACACAAGAAACACGAAUGCAUUGUUACUGUUUAAUAGUAUUCAUAGUAAAAAUAUAAUUAUUUUUAUGGUAUACUUUGUUUAUACUAACAUAUCUGAAUGGCUUUUUUAAAUUAGAAAACCAUUUUAAUACAUUUGGCAUUAUAUGUAAUUAUAUGAAACAUGUGUAGAAUUUGAUGAAAAAGGAAACAUUAAAACUUAAAUGUUAUAAGCUCCCAAAUUAUUUUAAUUUAAGUGCUGGUAUAAUAUGCAGAAUCAAAUAUGAAUUUCAAACUUAAAAGAAGGGCAAAAUUCUAGUGUAUCUAUUAUCUUAUUUAUUUACUUAUGUUACAUGUUGAAAAUAUCUAUUUCAUUAGAUGUGAUAUCAUCCAUCAAUUGUAUAUUAUUUAUAGCUGAUGAUGUUAUUAUAACUGAUGAAUGCUAUUAUAGCAUUACAUUAAACAGUACCAUAGAGGAAAAAGCAGAAUUAUAUUUUGUUUUGGUUAAUAUAAAUUUACAUAUUACUAUAAGCUCAUAAAAGUUUAAUGUUACAGAGUAAAGAUUUGAGUAUUGGAGAUAGUGUAUAUACUAUCGUACAAAUAUUUUAGAUAUAUUGACAAGUAGCUUUCGCAACAUCGCAUUUUUGUUCCAUAAAAAUAAAUAAUUAUACACAGAUACUAAAGUUUUCUUUCUAAUUAUUACUAAAGAGAUUUAAUAAUUUUAUUUAUUUUCAGAUAAAAAUAGUUCAAUUAAUUUUUAAUUAUCUCUUGUCAUUUUUUCUGUUCAAAUACUCUGAAUACAAUUUUUAUUAAUAAGAAACAUAUUUCAUCUCAAAAAGUUGUAUUAAAUUAAAUUUGAAAUUAUUUUAUAUAAAAUAAUAUUUGCUGUUUACUAAAUUACAUGUUACAGAUAUUCAAGAUUUUUAUUGCUUUGCAGAUGUUUUAUAUUUUACUAACUAAUAUCUAAUAUUAUAUUAAAUAAUAAAAAACAUCUAAUUAAUGUUCCAAAUUGUUUAAAGUCUGCAAGGUCGUAUAAUUGAAUAUUAUGUUUUAAAAAUUAUUUAAAAUAUAUAUAUAUUUUCUUGUAUAAAGUAACAUACAAUAAUUUUAUUAUAUUUAAUCCAAGAUACUGUAGACUUUUGUAAUAUCUUUCUUAGCUUCGAGGUGAUAUAUGUGUAUAUGCGUGAUUGUAUAUAUAUAUACAUAUAUAUAUAUAUAUAUAUAUAUAUAUAUGUAUUCCAAAGUUAAAUUAAUUGUAUUUCAAUGGCAUUAUAUGAGGCAAUCAAUCAAAACCAGUGUGUGCUCUAUUUUUAUAACUAAGAGAUAUUUUGAAUAUAAUGAAGAAUAUAAUGAAAAUUCUGAUACCAUUUGUAACAUUUUGCAAAACAACGUGUGUAUAUACAUAUAUAUAUUAUUAUUUGAUAUUUUUAUCUGUCUUUAUAGAAAUGGUGCACAAUGCCCACUAUUCAUUUGUUUCUAUAUUUUUAUAUAUAAACGAAAUUAUUUGAAAAAAUUCAACAAGUAAAUUAAAAGAUAUUGGUAAUAUUGUUUAAGGAAAAAAGACACUUUUCAGAGAAACAUUCAAGUAAUAGAGAAUGCGUUUAAUAAUUAUAUUCAUGGGACAGCAUCAUAUUUUGUAUGUUGUGUACAUACUUGAAUAGUGAUUAAUUUUUUUAGUAGUAUAUGUAAUUAUAUUAAUGAUGUAAUGCUAAAGAAACAAUUAAAUUCACAUUUAAAUUCACAGAAUACAAGCUAGACUUCGUACUGUUUCGAAAUUAUGAUAUAAGACAUUUAGAGAUGUCUUA